GGGUUCAACAAUUGACUUCAGUUCUAAGGUUUAAACUGACUCUGUGAACAACCCCCACUACGGUACAUACUAUCCACUAUGCCCACGGUGCCGGUGCCUCGUCCAGCCUACUCCCAGGCCAGAGAGAAUCUGGUGAAGGCCAUCCCACCCAAGAUCAUUUGCCUACUGGCCUGCGGAGGAUGGGACUGCCGCUAUGAAGGACCAGCCUGCUGGAGGCCCAGCCAACAAGCUGUACAGGGACUCUUCUCACACUGGGUGACUGAUGACAUUGUGGCCAUGGCACGACCCUCUUCUCACCUCAUCAAGAAAUACAACAUCAUAGAGCAGUUCCAACYGCUGAACAUCAAGUCCAUCAUCAACAUGCAGUUGCCUGGGGAGCAUGCUCACUGUGGCCCUCCACUGGAGCCAGACACUGGAUUCACUUACUCCCCACAAACCUUUAUGGAGAAUAAUAUCUUCUUCUUCAACUUUGGCAUGCCGGACUUCGGUGUGUCGUCUCUCGUGGGGAUGAUGGAUGGAGUAAAGGUGUUAGCCUUCGCUGUGAAAGAAGGGAAGGUGGCGGUGCACUGUCACGCAGGCUUGGGGAGGACAGGUGUCCUGAUAGCCUGCUACCUGGUCUACACUCUGCGUGUGAGCCCCAGUGAGGCGGUCCACUACGUGCGUAUCAAACGUCCCUGUUCCAUCCAGACCAGGGACCAGAUCAGCCUGGUGUUUGACUUUGCUCGUCUUCUGGGCCCUCAGCUGGCCCAGUACCCUGACUUCAGCCUGCGCCACGGGGCCCAGUUCACCCUGCUGCAGUACCUGCACCGUCAGGUCCUCCUCCUCCAUGGCCAGGAGGCCCGCACCCUCAGGCACACUCCCAAGGUGGUGUACCUGCUGUGUGGCCGUCUUACUGCCCUGGCCUUGGGCCUGCCUGCCCCACCGGAGGUGCAUGCUGAGCUGGAGAGAAGGGCCGAACUGCGGGCCCUUGGCAGGGCUGUGAGGGAGACCCUGGUGGCCAAGCAGUACCUGCCCCUGCACCGUGAGGUCCAUAGGGGGUCCUGGGGAGGGUCAGGGUCUGUGUCCUCCUGGGACGAACCAGAGGGGUUUCUGGAGAGAAAGAGACAGGUACUGCUGGAUAAACGCAGCUACAGUGACUCAGACCUCAGCAAGAUCACUGUAAAACAGGUAAGGGUUAACAUCAGGGUUAGACUGGGCAUACACGUACGUAAAAACCAGUGUAAGUCCGGACAGGCCUCAGUGGCUCGGGCAGUUGCCAAGGAGAUGGCAGAUCUAAACCCCCCUGGAGAGUCUGUUCUACAGAGGACAGCACUGCUACAGGAGGAGCUGAACAGCAGUGAGUGUGCCUGGGCUCUACUGGUCACAGAGUCUGAUCCGCACGUACUCAGCUGUCUAUUGUGGACCUGGCUGGAGAAACUCAAGGAGCCUGUUCUGAGUGCAGAUGACAUAGAGAGGUUGACCUCAGUAUCUCAACACGUGAACCAUCUCAGUGUGUUAAUGAAGCCCCAGCGCCACACCAUGUCCUGUUUGCUGGGUUGUGUGGGUCAGGUGACCAGUCUGUGUCCUCAGAGAGAGGAGGCUGUACUACGACGCCUGAUACAAGCACUCACCAGGCACCCUCAGGAGGAGAUGGAGAGCUAUAAAGUCCUGAUGAGAAUCCUCAAGUCCAGCAUCAGACAAACACUCCAUAACCAUAACUCCCUCACACAGACCUCAGACUACACAAACACCUGCUCAAGAAGAGGAAACAAUUGAUUGAUUGGUUGAUGGGUUAAUUGGUUGUACAAACUUCAUAACCCUUUCUAUGAAGGGUCAAAUAUUUGUUCAAUUUCUAGUGUUUUCUUUUCUAUGACUAGGUGCAGUAAGCUCCUUACUGUUUUAGUGGUGCUUGGAUGGGUGUAGAUUCUAUGAAGCAUGGCCAUGAUCCUGAUAUUGGAAUAUAUUCUCUCUGCACAUUACACAAUACAAAUAUUUGUACCAUUGACCUCAUCCCGGCGUGUAUUAUUGUUAAAAUCUUACAUACACACUGAACAAAAAUAUAAAUGCAACAUGUAAAGUGUUGGUCCCAUAUUUCAUGAGCUGAAAUAAA